AGCGAGAGGUGACCCAUUCAAAAUUUGUAACUACUAAAAAAUUGUAAAAUCCACAAUCCCAAACAAAAAGAGGGGUGAUCCAUUGCCAAUUUGAGCACCAUGUGUUUCAACGAACUGGACGAGCGCUCUGUACUCCCAGAUUGCCACAUCGCGAACCGCGUGUUCCUCUUCUCAUUGCUCCAGUCCCUUCAGGAACAGGAACGUCGGCCGGAGGAUGUAGAUGUUGAGUUGCGGGAUCGCUACAAUGUAUUCCGCCAGGUGCUGCCUAACUAUCCGCUGCCAGAACUGGAAAGCCCCGAGAUCCAAUCUUAUUUUGAAGGGUAUCAGCAGGAACAGCACUCAGUCUCGCUCUCCAUGGAUUCGAACUCAUCCGGCGAAGACACCAGCGAUACCAGCCUGGACAGUGAUCCCGGCCAGAUCGCAAUAUCCGCCAACAGGACGGACUAA